CGUUCAAGAUCCGGUUCCCCCGGCCCCGCCCCCGCCCGCACGGGCGCCCGCGGGAGAGUUGGCGGGAGGAGCGUCCGGCGGCAGCGUUUCGGGGGGUCAGGGUACACGGGUUCGGGGAGCGGGGCUUCCCCCCGGGGGAGGUCGGAGGUGCGUGGAGCCGAGCGGGGCUGGUCCCGUCCGCUGUCUGGGAGGCGGGCUCCGCCACCGGCCAGAGGAGCUGGAGCCGCGGGACGACAGCUGAGAUGGACACCUUCAGCACCAAGAACCUGGCCAUGCAGGCCCAGAAGAAACUCCUGAGCAAGAUGGCAUCCAAGGCGGUGGCAAGCGCCUUCAUCGAUGACACGAGCAGCGAGGUCCUCGAUGAACUCUACCGCGUCACCAAGGAGUUCACGCGGAAUCGCAAGGAAGCCCAGAAGAUUGUCAAGAACCUCAUCAAGAUCGUCAUGAAGCUGGGCGUCCUCUACCGGAACGGGCAGUUCCGCCCAGAGGAGCUGGCGCUCAUGGAGCGCCUCCGCAAGAAAGUACGCCACCUGGCCAUGACCGCCGUCAGCUUCCACCAGAUAGACUUCACCUUUGACCGGCGGGUCAUGGCCACGGGCCUGGCCGAGUGCCGCGACCUGCUCCACCAGGCCGUCAACACGCACCUCACGGGCAAGUCCCACGCCCGCAUCAACCACGUCUUCAACCACUUUGCGGACCCCGAGUUCCUGACUGCACUCUACGGCCCCACUGAGCCCUACCGCACCCACCUGCGGGGGAUCUGCGACGGCCUCAACAAAAUGUUGGAGGAUCACAGUCUAUGACCCCCACCCGUGUGAGGUGUGGUAUGGCGUGGUCUGGCAGCCAUCCUGCUUCUGUUCUCUCUCCUCUGUUCUCUCCCAGACCCGAUUUGGCCAGUCCUUCUCUUUUCCCACUCCUCAGGGUGGGGAACUGAACGUCCACCCCUCGCUUUUCCAGUGAACUCUGACAGUGGACGAGACCAGUACUGCUGGAUCCUUUGUUCUUGCAGGUUCACAGGAUGUCCAGAAAUGACAUGCGCCGCGCGUGGCGGGGGUUGGGGUGGGGGGGUUCUCAUGGAUUAAACUGUGCCGGCUGACUUCUAAGGAUCCUUGAGUCAGUGACAUCUUUCUAGCGGGAACCCCGGCCUCUUCGGAACAGGAUCCCCUUUGGCUGGCUCUAAUUUCAAGCAAAGCCACGGCAGGCUGAAAGCAGGCAAUAGACCUAAUGGAUCCAGUGAGAAAUUGAAGCCGAUGCCUGCAAGGGCUGGAACGUGAUGAGAGGGGGAAGGUGGGUCUGGGUCUUGACUAUCUUUAACCAGCCUGGCAUCCCAAAACACAAGGGGUCUAGAAUGCUGGUUGGAGGGGAGAUCCUUUACCAGUUGCACAGACGGGGGACCCUAUUUUCUGUUUUCCCCAUCUCAUCCUACCCCCCAGCCCACUUGGAUUUUUGGCCAGAGGGCCAGUUCUGGGGCCAGCCUGACUCCUUGGGGGGAGGUGACCCUUUCCUUUAUGACCCUGUUGCUCCUGAAAUAGGAGCCAGCCUCAAACCAGAUACCUGUGCCCCUUCAUUCUUGCAGAAGACCCUAAAUGGAGGGGGGCUGAGUAGAGCAGAUGUGUUGUCUUUGUUCCUUAGUAACUGCCCAGUCUGUCCUUGGUGUUCCACGAAUUUUAGAUUUUUAAUUAAAAGAAGAAACAAGCAGCACUCAAGCUAUUUUAAAUACACACCCUGUGGGCGAAUCCUUUUAAGCGGUGUGCGAUCCUGGCAAUGUCUGCCCCCCUCUUUGUUUUGGCACUUUCAACUGAAAUAAGAGCCAGGUCCCAGUGGAAAGAGAAAACUGCUGGGGCCUUUCCUGACUGGAAUUGAAUUCCCAAACCCCCGGCCUUGGCGGAGCCAGAGAUGGGAAUUAGAGGACUGGGAUCCAAGACUGGGGGAUGAUUUAAA